AUGGAAUUUCUUGUGUUGAUAGUUUAACUGAAGAAUCAUUUAUACUUAAGGCACAUCUUCUAUCUUGGUCAGGAGAUAUUCCUGCUCUUAGUAAAACUCUUAAUCUUUCUGGUCAUAAUGCUAUAAAAGGAUGUAGAUUUUGUCAAAUAGAAGGGAAUUCAUCAGCAAGACAUGUUUAUUAUCCACUUCCAAUUCCUCCUAU